AUGGAAGUGGCUGACGAGGUGGUGCGGGCGCUCGGCGCCGGCUUCGACCUCACGUCCGACUUCCGCCUGCGGUUCGCCAAGGCCAGCGAGGGCCGGCGCCUGGUGGAGCUCGGCGACGAGACGAGGGACGUGCCGCUCCCGGGCGGCGGCGGGACCACGCUCCGCGGGGUGCCGCGCGACGUCGGCGUCGACAAGGGCGACCGCAUCCGCUUCCGCUCCGACGUCCUCGAGUUCAACCAGAUGUCAGAAUUGCUUAAUCAGAAAUCUUCAGUCCAAGGGAAAGUUCCGUCAGGCUAUUUUAACGCUCUCUUUGAAUUAAGUGGAGCUUGGUUGACAGAUGCCAAAGAGACCAAGCAUCUAGCAUUCGACGGAUAUUUCAUUUCUUUGUACAACUUGCACCUAAAGGCUUCUCCAUUAGUUCUUCGAGAUGAAGUAAAAAAGGCUGUUCCAUCCAAGUGGGAUCCUGUUGCAUUAUCAUGGUUUAUCAAGACUUAUGGGACACACAUAAUUGUUGAAAUGGGAAUCGGAGGUCAGGACGUCAUAUGUGUUAAACAAAGUCAUUCCUCAACCGUUUCAACUGCUGAUCUUAAGUUGCAUCUGGAGGACCUUGGUGAUUUCUUAUUUUCUGAUGGGAAGAACCACUCCCCAAUACAUCGCAAGACAAAGGAUGGCAAGAGCAAGGUGCCUGAUGUUUUUGUCAGGAUAGUGCAACACUCUAAUAACCUGCACCUUUCUAGCUAUUCUGAAGCAUCAACCAAGGAUGGCCUGACAAUUACAUGUUCGAAGAGGGGAGGAGAAGCAUACCUACCCAACCACUCCAAAUGGCUGCAAACAGUGGCAAAGAAACCCGAUGCCAUUAUGUUCAAAUUUGUCCCCAUCACCUCUCUUCUAACUGGUAUUCCUGGUAGUGGUUACCUCAGCCAUGCUAUCAAUCUAUAUCUUCGCUAUAAACCUGAUCUUCAAGACUUGCAAUAUUUCUUGGAGUUUCAAGUUCCUCUACAAUGGGCACCUAUGUUCAACGAGCUUGUCCUUGGGCCCCAAAAGAGAAAAGGCUCCUACCCUUCAAUGCAGUUCAGAUUACUCGGCCCCAAACUCCAUGUCAGCACUUCUCAGGUAUCUAGUUCUCAGAAACCGGUGGUUGGCCUACGGCUAUACCUGGAGGGCAGGAAGUGCAACCGGUUGGCCAUCCAUGUCCAGCACCUCUCCAGUGUUCCAAGCAUGAUUGGGGACUCCGUGGCAUCUUCAAUGUCAGAAUGGCGCGAGUCCGAAGACAGUGACCCAGGGUACAUCGAGGCCAUCCAGUGGAAGAACUACGCGUGCGUCUGCACCUCCGCCAUCAAGUACAACCCAGAGUGGCACAAGAGAGCCCCCGGCGGAGUCUUCAUCGUCACUGGCGCCCAGCUCGUCACCAAGGGGACCUGGUCCAAGAAGGUCCUGCAUCUGCGCCUCCUUUACACCCACAUCCCCAACUGCACCAUCCAGAGGACCGAGUGGACGAACGCUCCGGCAUCGUCUCAGAAGGGGAGCUUCCUGACGACGAUCAGCACAACACUGAGCUCCCCUUUCACGCAGCGUGACACCCACCAGCAGGCGAAGCACGAGCCGGUGCAGCUGAACUCAGGUGUCUACCCAGAUGGACCGCCGGUCCCGCUCCGGUCCAGGAAGCUCCUCAAGUUCGUCGACAUUUCGGAGGUGGUAAAAGGGCCACACGAUGUCCCUGGCCACUGGCUGGUGAUCGCGGCGAAGCUUGUGAAGGAGGGAGGGAAGAUCGGGAUCCAUGUGAAGUUUGCACUGCUGGGCUAUGAAGGGCAGUCGUCGCAGGGUGACAGUUUCAUGAGCUGA